GUUUUUCUGUAUUUUUUGUGUUUUUCUGUGUUUUUCUGUGUUUACAGACUGACCGACUGUUUGUGUCUCGCUCCUUCUGAGUCACAGACGCUACGAGAGACGCUCAGUUUAAUGCCCCAGUGAACGAGCUACAAGAUCCAACAACAGAAUGACCUUCAUGUGUGACCAGUGUGGGAAGAUGUGGCCAAGUGCUUCCAGACUGAAAACACACUACAGAAUUCACACGGGGGAAAAACCAUACAGAUGUGACCAGUGUGAGAAGGGAUUUAAAGACUCUAGUAAUCUCCUUCGACAUAUGAGAGUCCACACGGGGGAAAGACCAUACAGAUGUGACCAGUGUGAGAAGGGAUUUAAACACUCUUGUCAUCUCCUUCGACAUAUGAGAGUCCACACGGGGGAAAGACCAUACAGAUGUGACCAGUGUGAGAAGGGAUUUAAAAACUCUGGUCAUCUCCGUCGACAUAUGAGAGUCCACACGGGGGAAAAACCAUACAGAUGUGACCAGUGUGAGAAGGGAUUUAAACACUCUGGUCAUCUCCUUCAACAUAUGAGAGUCCACACGGGGGAAAAACCAUACAGAUGUGACCAGUGUGAGAAGGGAUUUAAACACUCUGGUCAUCUCCUUCAACAUAUGAGAGUCCACACGGGGGAAAAACCAUACAGAUGUGACCAGUGUGAGAAGGGAUUUAAACACUCUGGUCAUCUCCUUCAACAUAUGAGAGUCCACACGGGGGAAAAACCAUACAGAUGUGACCAGUGUGAGAAGGGAUUUAAACACUCUAGUAAUCUCCUUCGACAUAUGAGAGUCCACACGGGGGAAAAACCAUACAGAUGUGACCAGUGUGAGAAGGGAUUUAAACACUCUGGUCAUCUCCUUCGACAUAUGAGAGUCCACACGGGGGAAAAACCAUACAGAUGUGACCAGUGUGAGAAGGGAUUUAAACACUCUGGUCAUCUCCUUCAACAUAUGAGAGUCCACACGGGGGAAAAACCAUACAGAUGUGAUGUUUGUGAGAAGACUUUUUCACAGUCAAGCAGCCUAACAUCACACAGUAGAAAACACACUGGAGAGAAACCGUACACAUGUGACCAGUGUGGGAAAACUUUCUCUGUAUCGUCCAGUCUCAAUAAACACAAGAGAACUCAUACAGGAGAAAGACCAUACAGCUGCGAAGAGUGUGGGAAGGGAUUUAAACACUAUAGUGCUCUGAGUGAACAUACAAGAAUCCACACAGGAGAAAAAUCAUACAGAUGUGAUCUUUGUGAGAAGACAUUUUCACGGGCAUGGAUCCUAAAAUUACAUGUGAGAAUCCACAAAGGAGAGAAACCAUUUGAAUGUGACCAGUGUGGGAAGAAAUUUAUACACUCUGGGGCGCUCAAUGAACACAUGAGAAUCCACACAGGGGAAAAACCAUACACAUGUGAUGUUUGUGGGAAGACAUUUUCACGGUCAAGCAACCUAGUAUCACAUGUGACAGUCCACACAGGAGAGAGGCCAUACGAGUGUGACCAGUGUGGGAAAGCUUUCAAACAUUCAUCCAGUCUCAAUAAACACAUGAGAACUCACUCCUGGUUGAUACUAUAUGAGUGUGACCAGUGUGAAGAGGCUUUUAGAACAUCCCAGGAGCUCUCCAGUCACUACCGAACACACACAGGAGAUGAACCAGACGACUGUGAAGAAAGAGGGGAAGGAUUUCAGGUCUGUGAAGAACCGUCUGAAACAUGUCCAAAUGUUCCAGACUGAAGAGAAAAGCUGCAGCUCUGACCAGUGUGGGACGACUUUGAGACAAGCUGGUCAUCUGAAGGUGCACCCUCUUGAACACACUAAAGGAGAAAGAGCUGCUGAGGCCGGAUCAAGUGAGACUAAAGUCAGACUCAAAAAGCUGGAGAUCAGGCUUCAGAGACUCCAGACUGUGGAACUGAGCUCUGUGUAGUGUCAACAAUUAAAAGCUUAAAAAGAAAAUCUUUAUUAUUUUAUUAGAUUUUAGCUGAAGUUUGUCCAUCUUAUUCUUCAUUGUAUUGUUUCUCACUUUGAGCUUCACUGCACUUCUCUAAUCAGAGACAGACCUGAAAUUGCAAUUUGUCUUUUUAUUCUGUUUUGACCCACAACAGAUGUUUAUUCUUUUCAUGGCUGCUGUGCUGAAAAAAGUGAAGUAAAAUAUUAGAAUUAGAUAACAAAAUCUGGAUUAGCAUUUUGAGCUUUGCUGAUGUAGAUAAUGUAAUAAUGCAGGAGACAAAACACAACUUCAGGUCUGUUUUUGAGGAGGGAACAGCAUUAGAACAGGACUUAAAGCUCACGGGAGUCUAUUUUAUAUAAUAUGGGACCUUUUUUAAAGAAAUUCAUCUAUUAUUGCAUUAUAAUUGCAAAUUAAAAAGAAAAUAAACUUGCCUUCUUUUUUGUCA